AUGUCAAAAGGCAUUGGUGAAUGUGCCGUCACUCUUGAAGACGUUGCUCUAAUACUUGGUCUUCCAACGGACGGACUUCCAGUUACAGGGAUGACAUUGAGUAGUUUCGAAGCGUUGGAGGCUGAGUGUUUGCAUCAAUUCGGAGUUGCACCGCGUAAGUCGGAGUGUAGAGGCAGUUGCAUUAAAUUGAGUUGGCUUCGGGACCUUAAAGAAAAUUUACCCUUGACUGAUGAAGUUGGUAUACAGAGGUAUGUCAAAUGCCACAUUAUGUUGCUUAUCGGGACGAUCUUGUUUGGGGAUAAAUCAGGUGCAGCAGGUGUGCACUGGAAGUUUCUUCCAUUGCUACGUGAAUUUGGUAGUAUUAUACAAUACAGUUGGGGAUCUGCAUGCCUAGCACACCUCUAUAGGGCAUUAUGCCGGGCAUCUCGAGUUGACUGUAAAGGCAUAGAUGGCCCACUAACACUUCUUCUCGGUUGGGCUUGGAUGCGGCUCCCAUAUCUAUCGCCGGUUCCUAGGGAGCCCCGCAGUUUCCCGCUAGCAAACAGGUGGCGGAACUGGGAGCGGGGUGACCGACGAUAUAGAUAUAUGAAGCUAGCUGACUUUAGGAAGGCCUUUGAUGAACUUUAG